CCUCUCGUCUCGCCCAGACAAGACAUUGACCGCUCCACCCGGCUUCUUCUCCGUAUCUUUAUAGAAAGCCUUUCAUGUACCGCCUUCUGCGCCCCCAGGCCGCGGUAACGCUCGCAUCGCUGCGGUCGGCAUCGCUGACGUCGUCGGCACCUGCAGCGAGCGACGCGACAUCUUCGGCGACGGCGUCGUCGCGAGCGACCGGCUCGGGCGGCUCGAUGAUGGGCGCGCUGUCGAUGGCCGGCGUCUCGGCCGCACUCAUGGCGGCUUCGGUGACUAACGUUGCGGCGACCGGGGCUGCUGUCGGGCCCGAGGCUCUCGACGAUCCGGUCCUUGCCGCCGUCCUCCGCGAUGCCGCUGGCCGCGACACUCGCGACGCCGGCUUUGCCGCCGAGCAUGAGCUCGGCAUCAGCGGCUCGCCGGCGCUCGACUUUGAUUCGCUCACUGGCUUUGCUGCCGAUCACCUCUCUGCGCCGGGCCGCAUCGACAGCGCGCCACAGACCAAGGCCGCGGCGCGGCAGCAGCGGCGACUGGCGGAUGCCGUCGCCGCCGCUCUCGAGUCGCCGCCGGUUGCCUCGUCAGCGGUCUUUGGCCCCGGCUCGCCGACGGGUAGCUACCUGCGCGAGCAUCUGGCGAACGCGGGCAAGCCGAGCGGGUCGUCAUCGGGGCGGCUGGUCUUUGACGCCGCCUCACCGGUCCUCCUUCCCGCCGAGUCUCACACCGCGUUUGGCACGCUCUAUGCCGGCGUCAUGGACGGCGUCCUCCAGGUCUUUGUGCGGCGCAUUCCGGCCGAUGUCGCCGACAUUGCCGCGCUCAAGGCCGAGGCCCGGUCCCUGGCCGCGCACGACGCCGAAGGUUGCUGGCUCUCUUUCCGCGGCAUCGAGCGCGACGCCCACUAUGUGUACGUCGUCUACUCCGGGCCGGCGGUCCUGCUGCGGGCGGCGCUUGUUGAGGCGGCGGGUGGGAGCGGGCCGCUGGCGACGCUCGGCGCACGGCUGGCGUUCUGCGCCUCGCUCCUCCGUGCCAUCGGCCCGGCGCCAGACCUGGCCCACAUUGCGCCGCACACUGUGAUGGUGAACAGCGACGGGCUUGCGGUGCUGACCGGCUUUGACCCCGCUACAUGCGCCCAUGCGGGCGGCUCUGAUGGCCAUGGCCCGUUCUCGUCGCUCGCGGCCCUGGUGUUCUACAUUGUGACGGCUGGCUCGCGGCUCGGCGCCGGUGCGCGACUGGCCUCGGUCCGGGCCAUGUGCCCUGUUGCUGGACCUCAGGCUGCGCACCUGGUGCGGGCGCUAGUCGACGGUAUGGCGCCGCUCGACAGCCGCGAUCCCGCGAGCGUGCUACAGCAUCCUGCGUUUCUGGCGGCCGAGGCGCAGAUGGCGCUCGUUGCCGCGCUCACCUCGCGAGUCCGCGCCGCGCGCACCCUCGCGGCCGGGCCACCGUCUCGGUUUGCAGCUGCUGAAGCUGCGUUCCUGGCCUCGGUCGAGUCAGCGCUUGCACCCCUGGCCGACUCUGAGCUUGCGGCUUUUCUCGCGUCGCCACAGGGAUGGAAGGGCGCGUUUGACGAGGCAAUUGUGGCGCAUCUCGGUGCUUUCCGUGCGUAUGAUAGCGGCUCUGUCCUCGAUCUUGUCUUUUUUGUCCGCAACUUUGAGGCGCACGCCUCCGAGUUUCCCGACGAGGUGCUUCGCCUUCUUGCCGACACCGCCGACACUGCCGACGCUGCGGGCGGCGACGUAGAGGAAGCAUGCUACAGGCUCCGGAUCGAGGCGCCGCGGCGGCGUGCGGCGGUGGCCAACUUUGUUGUGGCACGCGUGCCAUCGCUUGCGUGCUCGGUCUUUGCUGCGCUGCAGGCCGGCGCUGCAGCGCCUUCGCCUGCACCCGCGGCUGCAGCGCCUGCUCCGGUGGCACAAACGUCGUGGACGACGGUGGUGGCGCGUGGCCGGCGGCGCGACGGCAUGUGCGAAUAA